AUGCAACUUAAGCUUCCAGGGGAUUACCUCAUUGGUGGAUUGUUACACAUUCAUGAUGAAUUGUACCAUGGUAACUCAGAACUGGAGGUCACCAAGUGUAAGAGGUUUUCAGACAAUGGAUAUAUACUUUUUCAAACCUUGAGGUUUGCGGUUGAAGAGAUCAACAACUCAAGUUCCCUUCUGCCAAAUGUGACCUUGGGUUAUCUGAUAUUUGAUGACUGUGAAAUUGCCAUUGACAUCCAAGGAGCACUUGCUUUUGUGUCAAAACAUCAUGAGAACAUUUCUGAAGCAGCCCAGCGUGAGAACAGGUAUCAGCCUACAGUUGUGAUUGGGCCGUUGCAUUCAGAUGCUGCGAUCAUUACAAACAAGAUUCUCAGCUUGUUUGAGGUCCCUCAGAUCAGCUAUGGAGCCUCCAGUGACGAACUGAGCGACAGGACGCAAUAUCCAACCUUUAUGAGAACUACCCCAAAUGACGAAAACCAAAUUGAAGCAAUUUUGCUAUUGAUUCAGAAGUUUAGGUGGAAUUGGAUUACAGUCAUCACAGGUGACAAUGAUUAUGGUGAAAACGGAAAACACAAUAUAAUCUCAAGAGCCACCGCAGAGGGGAUCUGUGUAGCCUCUCACCACACAAUCCCAACUCAAGUAUCAGAUUCAAAACAGGAAAUCAUUGCCAUCAUUGGGAACAUCAUGGAAAAGGGGGCGAAUGUUAUCGUUGUGUUUGCACACGCACAGGACACUGAACAGUUCUUCCGGGUAGCGGUGGCCUUCAACUUCACUGAGAAAGUAUGGAUUUUAAGUGAAGCCACAUCUGUCGUGAGAAGGCUUUCAGAAAUCCCCAACAUUAGGAGCAUCGGCACGAUCUUAGGGAUUGCACUCAAGCAGGGCAGAAUGCCAGGGUAUGAAGAGUUCGUAUUAAGGGAUAUCACUGCUUGCAACCCAGAUAAUCACAAAGGGUUAAAAUGUUUGACUCUUCAGGAGGAAAGGCCAGGCAGCACAGCUAAUAACUGCGGGGCCACGUGUGAUGAGUGUGUGCCAUGUGCUUCUGAUGGUGUUAGAGCACUACUACGACAUUCUGAAUGGCGUGUUGAAUUCAACGUGUAUUCAGCUGUCCAUGCUGCAGCCUAUGGCCUACAUCGGUUACUUCAGUGUGAUUCCAGAGUGUGCAAGAAGACGACAGUCUAUCCAUGGCAGGUUAGGAAAGCAGCAAAUGCAGCCUUUCGUCUGUAUUAUAUUCUUCUUAAAGGAUGCGAAUGCCUGCCGUGCAGCCCAGACCAGUGGUCACCCGCAAGGAGCACUGUAUGCAAGAGCAGAUCUGUGGUGUACCUGAGGUGGGAUGAAGGCAUUUCAAUAGCGUUAGCCAUGCUGUCGGGAAUUGGACUCCUUCUGAAAGCAUCGAUCGCCAUCAUCUUCACCACUUACUUCAACACUCCUGUCGUCAAGGCUGCGGGGGGGAAGCUAUGUUUUAUACUCUUACUGGCAUUAGCUGUUAGCUGCAGCAGCGUGUACUCCUUUAUUGGGGAGCCAAACUCUAGUAUCUGUAUCACCAGGAACAUAAUAUUCAUGGUCAGCUAUAAGAUCUGUCUGGCUUGUGUAUUGGUGAGAUCCUUUCAGCUGGUGGUCAUAUUUAAAAUGGCCACCAGAAUGCCUGGGGCGUACAGUUAUUGGGUUAAAUAUAACGGGCAGUAUAUUUUUCUGUUAGUGAGCACUGUCAUUGAGCUCUCUGGAUAUAUCUUUUGGAUUUUCUUCAAAUUUUCACUUUUAGAAAGGAACUAUGAUAUUUCCAAAACUCAAGUAAUUCUGAUAUGUUCUUUUGGAAAUCUCUUUUUCUCUAUCCUACCUAUUGCUGGACUUAUUUUUUACAGUUUGCUUUGCUUUGUGUUUGCCUUUCUGGGAAAAGAUCUACCCAAAAACUACAAUGAGGCAAAAUGUAUCACCUUCAGCAUGGCUCUGGUCCUGAUCUCCUGGAUCUUCCUAAUGCUGGUAUUGCUCUGUAGUACAAACAGUUACAUUUCUGCUAUUGAAGCCGCUGUCAUUCUUUUAAACUCUUACUCCAUUACUGUGGGAUAUUUCUUCCCCAAAUGCUACAUCAUUCUCUUUAAACCGCAGUACAACACCACAGCGUUUUUCCAAACGUGCAUCCAGGAGUACACCAGGACCAGAGAUGUUCAGCAGCCAUAG